AAAGCAAAGAAGAGAGGGUGGGGGAGUGUGGGUUCUGUAGUCUGUACUGCCUUGGCGUGUCCCCCACACCCAACACGGUCUCUCUCUCUCUCUCUCUCAGUAUUAAGUCUAAAAGCCACUACCAUAUUGGCCUUUUUUUUUUUUUGUUGCCUUUUGUUUAGGUGCUUCCAAUGCAAUUGUCUAUGUCUGCUGCUUCUGCACCCUCUCUUCAGUGCCUGCAAAUGGGGGAGGAAUCCUACUUUGAAUUUCUCGUUAUUAUUUGAUACCCUUCUCUUUUCUUCUCAUCUUUUAGCCCUCUAAUUGGGUAUCCUUCCAAAUAUGACUUUCUUCUUGUUUUUCUAUCCAUCCGCUACAUUCCUCUUCUGUUUUCACUUUGUGGGUACCGCCUCAAAAAUAUGAAUUCCUUACCGUGAUUUGACCCCAUUUCCAAUUUUCUAUAGUUUCGGCUUUGUUGUACCCUUCUUAUGGCCACUUGAUUAUUCUCAUCCCUCGGUUUCUAUUUUUCUUUUCAAUAUUUUGUUCGUGGUUUGUUAUUUGGGUGUACUCUUAUUCGGCCCCCCAAGAACGGCACGGAGGUGUUCAUGGAAAUUGAUCUGAACUAUGCAGUGACUGAGGUGGAGAAGAAUGCAUAUUGUAAUGGGGACUGUGGCAAGGGUGGUUGUGUUUGCUGUUUGUCCUCUUCAACUUCUUCAUGUUCUUCAAAUUCGUCUACAGCUCCUGUGUCCUCUCCAAUUUAUCUGGAGCUUUGGCAUGCUUGUGCUGGCCCUCUCACCUCUCUGCCCAAGAAAGGAAAUGUGGUUGUCUACUUCCCUCAAGGUCACUUAGAACAGGCUGCCUCAUCCACUCCUUUCUCACCCAUGGAGAUGCCAAACAUUGAUCUCGAACCACAGAUCUUCUGCAGAGUUGUCAAUGUCCAACUACUCGCUAAUAAGGAGAAUGAUGAGGUCUAUACACAGGUUACUUUGCUUCCUCAGCCUGAGUUCGUGAGGAAGAUUUUAGAGGGCAAAGUGCUUCAAGAGUUGGGGGUGGAUGAGGAUGGCGGUGGAGGAUCGCCUACAAAGUCUACUCCUCACAUGUUCUGCAAAACCCUUACUGCUUCUGAUACCAGCACCCAUGGGGGGUUCUCUGUUCCUCGUAGAGCUGCUGAAGACUGUUUUCCUGCUUUGGAUUAUAAGCAGCAGAGGCCCUCUCAAGAGCUUGUUGCUAAAGACCUGCAUGGGGUGGAGUGGAGGUUCCGACAUAUUUAUAGAGGUCAGCCAAGGCGGCAUCUGCUCACUACAGGAUGGAGCGUUUUUGUAAGCCAAAAAAACCUUAUUUCGGGGGAUGCAGUUCUCUUUUUGAGGGGUGAAAAUGGAGAGCUGAGGUUGGGAAUUAGAAGAGCUGUACGACCUAGAAAUGGUCUUCCUGAUUCAAUUGUUGGCAAUGAGAAUUCUUAUCCAAAAGUACUUUCUCUAGUAGCCAGUCGGCUAUCCACAAAGAGCAUGUUUCAUGUUUUCUACUGUCCAAGUCAGAUGAAACUACUUCCUCCACAGAUGAAGCCUGUGACUGUUGGAGAUAGUUACUCUAUACAGUCCCAAAGGGCAAGUCAUGCAGAGUUUGUCAUAUCCUACCAAAAGUAUGUCAAAAGCAUCACCAAUCCUGUAACAACUGGAACUAGAUUCAAAAUGAGAUUUGAAAUGGAUGAUUCACCAGAAAGAAGGUGCUGUGGUGUAGUCACUGGAAUAAGUGACUUGGAUCCCUACAGAUGGCCCAACUCUAAAUGGAGAUGUUUGGUGAUCAGAUGGGAUGAAGAUAUUUCAAGUGAUCAUACAGAUCGAGUUUCUCCAUGGGAAAUUGAUCCUUCGAUUUCUCUCCCGCCAUUGAGCAUUCAGUCUUCUCCACGGCUUAAAAAGCUGAGGACAAGUCUACCAAUAAUCCCACCUGCCAACCCAAUCACUGUGAGAGGGGGUGGGUUUUUGGACUUUGGGGAGUCUGUAAGAUCCCCUAAGGUCUUGCAAGGUCAAGAAAAAGGUUUCAUAUCACCCUUCUAUGGAUGUGAUACUGUAAACCACACACUGGAUUUUGAGAUGCGAUCCCCUGCACAUCAAAAUCAAUCGUCGAUUGGGAUAGGAAAGUCUAAUAUUGGUGAGUAUUUGAAGAUCCAUCCCACCUCUUACUCAGGCUUCGCGGAAUUUGAUAGAUUUCCAAAGGUCUUGCAAGGUCAAGAAAUAUGCCCAUUGCGAUCAUUGACAAGAAAAUCUGAGUUUAAUUUGGAUGUUUGGGGAAAAGCAAAUCCUGGUUGCAAUGCUUCCAACAUGUAUCAAGAACCAAAACCCAAUUUCUUCCCCCUGCAAGCAGAGACUGUUCAAAAUUUAUAUCUUCCCUAUAAUGACUUCUACCAAGCUGGCCAAAAUCCCAAAAUGCGCUGUCAUGCAACUAACGUACCAAGAGAAAAUGUCUCAUUCAACCCAUCUUCUAUUCAGACAGGGGUUGUGACAAAUGAAUUUGGACCGCAGAAUCUACAAAAUGAGCGUCAGCCAGCUGAAAAUGUGUCCACUGCCCCCACUUCAGGGACAACUAUGAGAAAUCUAAAAGAUGAAAAAUUUAAUGGGAAUGUGGCUGGCUGUAAAGUUUUUGGGAUUUGCCUGACUGGGGAAACUCCAAACUUACAAGUUUCUGGUAAGCGGAGUUGUACUAAGGUUCACAAGCAAGGGAGCCUAGUAGGAAGAGCCAUUGAUCUCUCAAGGCUGAAUGGAUACAGUGACCUGCUUAGUGAACUAGAGCGGCUGUUUAGCAUGGAGGGCCUUCUACGAGAUCCGGAUAAAGGAUGGCAGAUCUUGUACACCGACAGCGAAAAUGACAUGAUGGUCGUUGGGGAUGACCCAUGGCAUGAGUUCUGUGAUGUGGUUUCCAAGAUCCAUAUAUAUACCAAAGAUGAAGUGGAGAAGAUGACCAUUGGAAUGAUCAGUGACGAUACUCAGAGCUGUUUGGAACAAGCACCAAUGGUAAUGGAAGCCUCGAAAUCUUCAUCAGUGGGUUAGCCAGAUUCUUCACCAACAUUGAGUAUGAGUAUUGUCUUAAUUAUCAUUUAUGGUUCCUACGUUUGUAUGUGAAACUUACGGACACCUGCAUCUGGUUACUUAUCUCCUGUCUAGUGAGCUCUAAGUUCAGUGGUUGCCACUGAAAACAGGACAUAUAGAAUAAGUUCAGAGCUGUGUUUCUCCUCAUGGAUAUGUUGUGCUAUUACCAGUAAUGAGUGUAGCGUGCUCUAGUUUGUUUGUGUUGUAUACAAUUAUUGGUUUGUGGCUUUGUGUGACAAGUAAAGCAGUUGUUUGUCCAUCA